CAGACACUUUAACCGUAACGUUCCGGCGGCGCUGCUGCUGCACUAGUGCGGCUGUGCAUUCUGUUUGGAAGAUAAGAUUAUAAGACUGAAGGAAGAGAUCUAGCCAUCCAGGGUGGUUUAAGGGAUAAGAAGCUAAACUCUGCUAAAUUAAGUUGAAGUUUUACUAAAAUUUAGUUGCAGAGUAAUCUUAGGGCAUCGUAUUCAUGGCGCAUUCUUGCGUCGCAACGUCGGCUUCGGCUCUCAGAGUCAACACCCUUGUCUUCUCCACACACUCUACUUCUCGCCCUGAAACUCGCAAGCUCUCUCUGCCUGUUGAAUCCCCGUCUUCCAGGACGUUAAGAAAAUCUCUUUCUAAUGGGAAAGCUAAGGCCGUUUACUCCAAUGAGUUUUGGGCGCCGGAGAAGAGUUGGCGACAAGGGAUUUGGUCUAUUAGGGAAGAUUUGCAAGUUCCAUCUUCACCGCACUUCCCGUCUUAUGCACAAGGGGGGCAAGGGCCACCUCCUAUGGUGCAAGAGCGUUUCCAGAGUGUUGUUAGCCAGCUCUUUCAACAUAGAAUUAUUCGUUGUGGUGGUGCCGUUGAUGAUGACAUGGCAAAUCUUAUUGUUGCACAGCUUCUUUACCUUGAUGCCGUCGAUCCCAAAAAGGAUAUUGUCAUGUAUGUGAACUCUCCAGGAGGAUCAGUGACAGCCGGUAUGGCCAUAUUUGAUACAAUGCGGCAUAUCCGACCAGAUGUUUCAACUGUAUGUGUAGGGCUGGCUGCUAGUAUGGGGGCUUUCAUUCUUAGUGCUGGCACCAAGGGAAAACGAUAUAGCUUACCAAACUCAAGGAUAAUGAUUCAUCAACCCCUUGGUGGGGCUCAAGGUGGCCAAACUGAUAUCGACAUUCAGGCAAAUGAGAUGCUGCAUCACAAGGCCAAUUUAAAUGGGUACCUCUCCUACCACACUGGCCAAAGCCUUGAGAAGAUCAAUCAGGACACUGACCGUGAUUUCUUCAUGAGUGCAAAAGAAGCUAAAGAGUAUGGUCUCAUAGAUGGUGUCAUCCUGAAUCCUCUGAAAGCCUUUCAGCCACUAACAGCUAGUGCUGAACAGUGAAGACUGGUAUCACAUCUCGCCUUUACACAUCAAGUGCGGCUCUUCUUUCUGGGAACCAUAUCAGAGAAUGAACAGGGGAAGACCUUAAUGUUGCUUGUCCUUGCUAAGGUUUAAUGGUAUGAUGGAUGCAUCUUCCACAGAGAAGCAUUUAAACAGUUUUUUAGUUAUUACACCGUGAAAUACAAAGCUCGAGACAAAUCAUUGUUAAAAGUCAAAUUUUAAGUUUUUGGCCUGCACAGUUUCUUGAACA